AUGGUUGCCAAACGGGCCUCAUCGAAGCAGCCUGAUCAGAGUCAGGAUGCCAAAAAAAUCAAGAUGAAGCCGGUAGCACAGGCAGACACAGCGGCAGAUUCUGCCCAGAAGCCUGAUGUGCCUGCAUCAACUGGGGCCCUCUUGCGCAGCUCGGCCGAGAUGCUGAUUGAAAGCUCGAAAGGGCAACAUUCAUCACUCAGGCAGAUUGCGGAUUUCAUCUUGCUUCCAAUGUUGGACGAGCUUCAGUGGCUGGAUGAGCAGCCAGACGAUCCUGGAGGCCGGCUGGCUGCCACGCCAGAUUUGUACAGAGAGGCGAUGACUAAGGAUGGCAAGUGUUGCUGCGUCGUGCCAUUCCGAUGGAUAGGGCUUGCACUGGAGCACCAAGACAUGGUUCCUGUGUAUGGAACAGUGUUGAGGUGCUACAAUCACUUUUUCGCAAAUGCUGGCCCGGCUGCCAUCAUGAAAUUCCCCACGGUUGUGCAGGCCCAGUCCAAUGAAGCCCUCCCGGUGAAAGGCUGCUAUGAGACCAUGGAUGGCGCCGUCUUCCGCCUGGCAUGGCUCCUGGGCUACUCGAAGAGCCUUGGCGACCCUGCCGAACUUGCAAAGUAUCGUUCAGCUGCCCUUUCAAUCCCUGUCAUCUUUGAGGCUGUGUCUGAUUGUAUCAUCAAGAAGAUACAGCUGGAUCAAGACAAGAAAGCAACAGAGGAGUUCGCUGGCCUCAUAGGAUACAAACUCACCCGCAUUGCCGUUCAGGCCCAGGAGGAGUUGAAGAAGAAGAACAAGCCUUGCGGACAGGAGCAGGUGUACGCGUAUCUGAAGAAGGAGGUUGACUGGACGAAAGCGGAUGCUGUGUCUCUAAAGUCGGUCCAAAUGGCAAUCAAAGUUCACUCUAGGCUCAGCUCCCAUGCGUGCAACAUACUGGACCAGUUCGAAAGCAUCUACAGCAAGGACUUUCCGUUCUGCCUUGUCCAGGGCCUCGAUGCUGUGUGCCAGAAGACAGCAGUCCCUUCGAACCCAGGUCUGGCAACAAGGUUCCUGGAAUACGUGCUGGAAGCCACGUUCGUGCGACAGCUCCGGGGCCACCCUAACAACACUGGCAAGGAGGGCCGGGAGAAAAUGAAGGAUCUCAGCGGUCUUUACUUGGCCAUCAGACGCAUGACGCUGCACAUGGUUUACAAGGUGCCAAAGGCUGCAGACCUCGGAGGCUUCCUGGAAUUUCAUGCGCGAAACCCGAAGGGCCUUCCGGCUGGCUUGGGCAAGGUUGCAGAGUUGCCCCCUGCAACUAGUGUGGCCGAGAAGAUGCUACGUGAGGCUGUGUUCAUUCUCAUGGAUGGCGGCUGCGACAGCAUCAUCACAAAGCUUCUUAGCCAAAGUGCCCUGAUGGGGGCAGAGGCAUUGUUGGCGGAUCCAGAGAUGGAAGGCAGUUUGCACUUCCAAGCCUUGCUUGAGAAGCAGGUGGAGGAGGAGGCAGAGAAGCAGGCCAAGCUGCUUUUGCAGCAGCAAGUGGCCCAGCCAGAGGGCCAAGAUGAUGCUGGAGAUGAGAAAACGGUUGCCGAUGAGAACACGCAGGAGGCGGCCCAACCAGACAGCCUGGCCAAGUCCGAGACUGCUUCUGACACUGUGAUGGAGUCGCAGCUCGACGAGCUUCCAGAAGAGGAGCAGGAGCAGCCUCCAUCGGCACCAUGUUCCUGGGCCACGGCUUUCCCCUCUUUGAUCAUCCCAAAGAGCAUGCAGGGCACACUGGCGGGCCUGGAUGAGGGCGUUUUCUGGAAUCUGCAUCGGUUCGCAUCUGCGAGCCUCUUGGUGGCAUAA